GGAGGCAUCAUUUCUGGUGGCUACCGCCGGUAAUGCAUACCUAUCCGGUUUCGUACCACAUUUCCUGUGUAAUUGAAUAGUUAUUAUUCAAGAAUAAGCAUUCAAAAUGAGCAGAUUUUUCGCCACCGGCUCGGAUUCUGAAUCCGAUAGCUCGUCUGAAGAAGAACAGGUUAUCCGGCAGCCUACCGCCAAUUUCACGUUCAGUGAUGAUGAAGAGGAUACAAAACGUAUUGUACGGUCUUUAAAAGAAAAACGCUAUGAAGACUUAAACAUGACUAUUAAACAAAUCAGAAACCAUAAGAAAAUCAAAGACAUGAGUAGCUUGUUGACAAGUUUUGAGGAUUUAACUCGUGCUUAUAUGAAAGCGUACAAUGCUGUUAUACUAAAAGAAGAAAAUGGAGUGGCUCCUCGUUUUUUUGUUCGUUGUCUUGUUGAAAUGGAAGACUUUAUUAAUGAAGUUUGGGAUGAUCGUAUAGGACGUAAAAACUUAUCUAAAAAUAAUUCUAAAAGUUUAGCUUCAUUGAGGCAAAAAUUCAGGAAAUAUGUCAAGGACUUUGAAAGCGAUUUAGCUAAAUUCCGCGAAAACCCUGAGCUUCCUGACGAGGAAGAAGACCAAAAAGACGAUGCAGAAGCUGAUUCUGAUGAAAGUGAAAGUGAAGACGAGGCUCCUGCUGCUUCGUUUAAAAAAACUGAAGAGAAAGUGCCCAAAGCUCCUAAAGCAGCUGGUGAUGAUUCUGACAGUGAUGAUUCGUUUGAUUGGGGCAGUGAUUCCGAAAGUUCUUCUUCAAGCAGUGAAGACGAAGGACAGUAUCAAAGUAUAAGGGAACGAUUUUUGAAAAAGUCGACGGACAAAGAUGAUGACGAAAAGAAAGAUAGGAAAGACAGAAAUAAAGAGAGGAAGGAAAAAUUAAAGAAACCAAAACGUGAAGAAGAGGAUGAAAGUGAUAGCGAAUGGCAAAAAGUCCGAAGAGGAGUAGCUAUUCCAUCUGAAAAACCAAAAAUGUUUGCUAAAGACGCAGAAAUCACUCCUGAAGCAGUUUUACGUAAAUUGUCUGAAGUAGUAGCAGCUAGAGGAAAGAAGCGCACUGACCGUAGAGAACAAAUCGAAUUACUUCAUGAACUGUUGUUAAUAUCGGAAGCUCAUAAUUUGGGAUUAGGGCUAAGAACAAAAAUUAAAAUGUCAAUCAUAUCGUCAAUUUUUGACUACAACCCAAAAGUGUCUGACGCGAUGAAACCAGAAAUUUGGAGCAAGUUGUUGGACUGUAUAGUCGAGCUUCUAGAUUUAAUUCUUCCCGCCAAAGAAACAAUAUUUAUCGGCGAAUCGGUGGCAGAAGAUGCUGAAACUUUAGAUAAACCUAAUUUCCGAGUACGAGGUUGUAUUCUUACAAUUGUCGAAAGAUUAGACGAAGAGUUCACUAAACUCUUAAAGGAAUGUGAUCCUCAUAGCAAUGAUUAUGUACAAAGACUAAAGGACGAAAAACGUGUGUGUGAAAUUAUUGAUAAAGUCCAGUUGUUCUUGGAACAUCAAAACAUUGAUACGGAAAUUUGCCGAGUGUACAUGCGAAAAAUCGAUCAUCUGUAUUACAAAUUCGACCCGUUGGUUUUGAAACAAAAAAAAGGAGAAAUAUUAGCGUCUCAUAAAACCAAUGUCCAGAUUAUGGAAAAUUUAUGCAAGUACAUAUACGAUAAGGACGGCACCGAUCGUUUACGAACAAGAGCUAUUCUGUGUCAUGUAUACCAUCACGCUCUUCAUGACAAUUGGUUCCAAGCUAGAGAUUUAGUACUUAUGUCUCAUUUGCAAGAAACCAUUCAACAUUCAGAUCCCUCUACUCAGAUUCUUUACAACCGUACGAUGGCUCACAUUGGAUUGUGCGCUUUCCGUCAAGGCAACAUAAAAGAUGCUCACAAUUGUUUAGUUGAUCUAAUGACCACUGGUAAAGUAAAAGAAUUGUUGGCUCAAGGAUUGCUUCCACAAAGGCAACAUGAGCGUAGUAAAGAACAAGAAAAAGUUGAAAAACAGAGACAAAUGCCGUUCCAUAUGCACAUAAAUUUAGAGCUAUUGGAGUGUGUUUACCUCGUAUCAGCUAUGCUUAUUGAAAUCCCAUACAUGGCUGCACACGAGUUUGAUGCCAGACGACGCAUGAUAUCGAAAACGUUCUAUCAACAACUGCGAUCAAGUGAAAGGCAAUCAUUAGUAGGUCCUCCAGAGUCGAUGCGUGAACAUGUAGUUGCUGCGAGUAAAGCGAUGAGAAACGGAAACUGGUUGGCCUCUCGCAAUUUUAUUAUUAACGAGAAAAUGAAUGCCAAAGUUUGGGAAUUGUUCUACGAAAGCGAAAGAGUAAGAGAUAUGUUGGAGCGUCUUAUCAAAGAGGAAUCGUUACGCACAUACUUGUUCACUUAUUCACACGUGUACAAUUCAAUUUCAAUGAAAACCUUAUCUGAAAUGUUUGAACUUCCAAAAACCUCGACUCAUUCGAUUAUUUCAAAAAUGAUAAUCAAUGAAGAACUAAUGGCCUCUCUCGACGACCCUACCCAGACAGUUGUCAUGCACCGUAGCGAACCCAGCAGGUUACAGUCGCUUGCUCUUCAAUUGGCUGACAAGGUCAACAACUUUGUAGAUUCUAAUGAGAGAAUAUUUGAAAUGAAGCAAGGUAACUUCUUCCCAAGAGGUGGUAACCAAAACCAGGGACAAUAUAGGCAGAACUAUGGACGACAAGGAGGUGGUGGACAAGAUUGGAACAGACAACGAAGAGAAAACCGGGCUUAUUAAUUUUAUAAACAAUCACAUUUCUACUGUCAUUUCACAUACAACAAUAUUAUUGGAGAUUUUGAUUCAUUUAAUCUCAUUAAAUUAUUUUCUAUUGUUUGCAAAUUGAGUUAUAAAUAAUAGAUUUACUUUCUUAAUAAUUUAUUAAUAAUUUUUCAUUUUAUUUUAUAAAUAAUUAUUAUACUAGCUGUAGAUGUAUUUAAAUUGUAAGCUGUUUGUAGUGUUUGUUUGUUUCACAAAUAAAUUCUUAAGAAACAAUA